UGCUUAUGCAGAAAAAAGCUUGUGUUAUUUCACAAAAUAAAACUUCAAAACUUACUAAACAUCUCUGAGUGUAGCACCAGGUUUUAUUAACAAUUUCAUAAAAUUGUUACUAUUGAUUCUAUCACACAUUGUUGUGAAAUAGUGUGAAUAGGAGUACAUACAAUAUAAACAUUGAGUUGCGAUUAGCAUUUUUUCUUUUGUUCGCAAUCGAUUUUGCCCAAAUGAGUAAUUUUCAUUUGGCUUUUUCGCUAUAAAUCUAUAAAUGUGUGCUUGUGAAAGUUUAUAGAAAAAUAUCUAACGAACAAAAAGAGACAGCAAGAGAAAGAAGAAACAAAAAUCCAAAUAUUAUUUUGUUGCAAUUAAUCAUGAAAUUUGCUUCAACGACGACAAUACUCGAUAAUAAUACAACAAUAAGCGAAAUUAAUCUGUCGAGUUUGCAAGAAUUUUUCAAUAUAAAAAGGGACAGCCACAAAAUCGAGUCACAUCACAAACUGUGUUUGCAAAGACCCUCACCCUCCAACAGAACUGGAGUAGUUCUUAAAAGAAAUAAAAAGCAAAAACAACAGCAACAUUUGAAUAGAAAUUUUUCGACGAUUAAAAAUUGGAAAAAUCAAAACUUUUGCAAUUGCACGUCUUGAUUCUAAACAUAAUCAGUGAAAAAUAAUAAGGAAUUAAUUUGUGUAUAAAAUUAAGUGCUGAAAACGAAAACCAAAGUGAACUUUUAAUUGGCAUACCUCCACCACAAAACAAAAAGAAAAAACAGAAACAAAGAAAAACAAAUUUAAAUACAACCCAAGAGAUACCACAAAGUGAAGUAGACAAUUGAACCUCGUGCUUUUGCUGUCACUGUUCUUUUUUUGUUCGUGUCAACCAGCCUUUACAAAAAAGCGCGCGCGUGUCUCCCUUUUUCCUGACAAGGAAAUAAUACAUUUGUGUAGAAAACCUAAACCUAUAAGAAAGACGGGAGUGCUACACAAACGUCGUCAGUAAGUCGGAAUCCCAGAAACAUUUCAUCCUCCACCACGGAAUCCUUAUAUUCCGUUAAAAUUUCAAGAAACCAAGAGAAGUCGAAAGGCAAACAGAAAUCAGCCAACAACAUGCCACCGCGACGUAAUAAGAAAGGAGGAAAAGGUCGCCAAGGCGAUUCUAACUCUGAAGAUGAGUCGUUCAAUGAGAAUGCCUCGGUUUAUUCGUACAUGUCGGAGAAUGGCGGUGCCUCUUCUGUCAACGAUUCGGAUGAAUUGUCUUCCAAUGAACGUUAUGAGGAGAAAUUCAUGCAGGCUUUGGAAAACGCCACUGAAAAAUCGGCACAAACUCGUGUAAUGGCACUGCAAAGCAUCUGUGAAAUAUUGAUGCAUCGUUAUAUGCCAGACUUUGUUGAUGAUCGUAAAGUCACUCUCAUCGACUGCAUUGAGAAGAGUAUUCGACGUGGCAAAGGUUUGGAGCAAGUCUGGGGUGCUAGAUUGGCACCCUUGUUGGUUAUCCAAUUGGGAGGUGAUGACGGCAUUUCAAAGGCUCUUAAUCAGUUUUUGCUUACCACUGUUCAAGACAAGUCAGUGUCAUAUGAUGCCCGAGCAAAAUGUUGCACAGCAUUGGGUCUUUUGAAUUUCUUUGGUGGCGAGGAUAUAGGUGACGUGGUCACAUUGAUGCAGUUUUUUGAAGCCAUAUUUUCUGCUAGUUAUCUCAAGGGCGAUGACAAGACACCGGUUACGGUCAGCCCUGAAGCCGGGGCUUUACAUGCUGAAGCACUGUCAGCCUGGGGUUUAUUGCUGACAAUGAUACCAUCUGGAGACUUUGUUUCAUGGAUGACUGGCGGACAAUCAAUGUUGCCAUCUUUCAAGAAGCUGAUGGGACUACUGCAAUCACCACAUUUGGAUGUACGCAUGGCUGCUGGUGAGACCCUGGCCUUGAUACUAGAGUGUGGUCGUUCACAUGACGAAGACUUUUUGGAGGAGUACUUAAAUGAUUUAAUUGAUGCAGUCAAGCAAUUGGCCACAGAUUCUCAUAAAUACAGGGCUAAACGUGAUCGCAAAGCCCAGAGAGCAACAUUUAGAGACGUGCUACGUUAUCUAGAGGAGGAUAUAUCCCCCGAAAUAACUAUACGUUUCGGUUCUGAGUCAUUAGUUUUGGAUUCAUGGGCUGUACAUCUUCAAUACUCAGCACUGUGUACAAUAAUGGGCCCUGGAAUGACAUCACAACUACAAGAAAAUGACUUUAUACGUGAUAUCUUUGGUUUGGGUACUAAAGUCGACACAGCCAAUGGUGCUACGAAACUUAAAGCGUCGAAACUUGAGAGACACCUUGUAAACGCUGCUGCAUUCAAAGCACGCACCAUCAGCCGGGGCAAGAAUCGUGAUAAGCGUUCUGCAGUUUUUACGUAAACGGUUAGACAAGUAAUAGCUAGACGAUAGCAACAUUGCAAAAAUUAUUAUUAAAAAAAAUAUAUCUUUACUCAUUCGAAAAAUAAUUAAAAAUUAAUUUUAGUUUAAAUUUGAAUUGGUUUUUUUAUUUUUUUUUUUAGUUUCCUGUUGGACUUUUUGUUAUAUUAUUCUAUUAAAAACUGAACACUGAAUUAAUUUUAAUAAAACAUAUAUAUUGUUCUCAAUAUAAAACGUAACGUAGUACCGUAUAAGCGUAUAGAUAUUUAUUGCAAACAGCAAAUUAUAAGUAGAAUAAAACAUAUUUAAAUAUAAUUGAUGUAUAUAAAUCAUACAGUCAAUGAAAAACACAAAGAAGUUUUUAAGUAUUGAAAAUAUUUGUGAAUAAAAAUAUUUUAUAAUUUUUAUUGCUCACGUCCUCAAAAUGAAAAACCACGUAGAUCAUAAGUUUAGCAUAAUAUUAUGGAAUGUAAAACAACAAAGAUUAAAUUUAGCAUUAAAUAUGUGUGGAUUGUGCUUUUGAACGUACAUGUGUAUUGUAUUUUCAAAAGUAUAAACAAAAAUGGAAUAUUUACUAUCUCUCAAUUUUGAAAGUCAUACCCCAUACCGACUUGCUAAGAAUUGAGUUUUGAUUUUUUAAUAAAAUAUAAUUUUAGUUGGUAGUUAAAAAUGCGACACCUUAA